UAAUGCUGACAAAUAUGAGUCUCCUUAUCAGCUUCUUGUUCAUGUAAACUCAGCAGCCUGUUAGUGAUUGAAAUUUCAAAAUGUGUUUUGACGGAGAGCUGAUUAGAUCCAACAUGUACCCCAAACACUGGUAAAAUGAAAGAACAGAACGACCUUGACCGCAAAUCCUAAACUCUUUGUACCCUUUUGCCUCUCUGUAGGUCGAUAUUGGUUCGACUCGCUGCAAAAGCUAUUAUCUUCAGCCUUCACAACGGAUGUGGAGUUGGCCCAGCUGCUCAUCUGGCAUUUGUAUUUCUCAUUCGAAGGCCUUUACUGAGAAGUGUGGCAUCAUGUCGGUGCUGAGAAAGGAGAUGGAGAAGUACCGAGACAUCGACGAGGACGAGCUGCUCAUGAACCUCUCCGAGGAGGAGCUGCGGCGGUUAGAAGAUGAACUGGAGGAGCUGGACCCCGACAAUGCACUGUUGCCUGCUGGGAUGCGUCAGAAAGACCAGACGAAGAAAGCGCCCACGGGAACGUUCCAGAGAGAUGACCUGCUGGCUCACCUGGAGAAACAAGCCAAAGAGCAUCCAGACAGGGAAGACUUGGUGCCCUUCACUGGGGAAAAGAGAGGGAAGGCCUUUGUGCCGAAAAAGAUGGUGGACCCCAUUAUGGAGAAUGUGACCUUGGAGCCUGAGCUCGAAGAAGCGCUCGCCAGCGCUACUGAUGCUGAACUUUGUGAUAUUGCAGCCAUCCUGGGCAUGCACACCCUGAUGAGUAAUCAGCAAUAUUAUGAAGCUCUGGCAAGCAGCACCAUAGUCAACAAGCAAGGCCUUAACAGUGUGAUCCAGUCCACCCAGUACAAACCAGUUCCGGAUGAGGAGCCCAAUUCCACUGAUGUGGAGGACACUCUCAUAAGGAUGAAAAGGAAUGACCCUGAGCUUGUGGAGGUCAACCUCAACAACAUCAAGAACAUUCCCAUACCGACUUUAAAGGCGUACGCUCAGGCUCUGAUAGAGAACACGGUGGUGGAGAGGUUGAGUAUCGUUGGAACCAGAAGCAAUGACCCUGUAGCAUUUGCCCUGGCGGAGAUGCUCAAGGUUAACACGACACUGAAGAGCCUGAACGUUGAGUCGAACUUUAUAACAGGGACUGGAAUCCUCGCCCUCAUUGAGUCACUGCAGUACAACACCACAUUACUGGAGCUCAAGAUUGACAAUCAGAGCCAGCCAUUAGGCAAUAAGGUGGAGAUGGAGAUCGCAAGCAUGUUGGAGAAAAACACCACAUUGCUCAAGUUCGGCUACCAUUUUACCCAGCAGGGCCCACGUCUCCGAGGCUCCAACGCCAUGAUGAACAACAAUGACCUUGCCCGGGUUGUCAGGUCAGAGUCUGAUGGUUCCUUUACUCUCACUUUGUCUGUCCCGGAGCUGGAACGGGCCUUUGGGAAAAAGUUCAAGUCAAAGACUAAUAAGAAAGAGAAGGCUUGAAGGAGGACCCAUCCUCCCCAAGUGUCGGACAAAUGUGUAAGGAGCACCCCCCCUCCCUCCCAUCCCCAGCCACCCAUUUUUGCCUCUUUCAAAAGCCCGCCUCGUCCCCCUGUGUGACCUCCAGUCGACCUCAAAGAGUUCGACGGCCUCUCCGGAUGACCUCGCACAUCAUCUCUGACAUGCAAGCGCAAUUCAGGGUUCCGAGAAAACUCUUUUUGGACUUUUUAAAAUGUAGAUCGUUAGGGGAUACACAUGGUGUGAGUAACAGUGUCCACCAGAACAUCCAGUGCAUGUAAAAAAAAGAAAUAUUUGAUCUUUGAAUGUUUAUGUGCUGGGAUGUUUGAAUUGUGCAAGCUAGUAACCAUGCAGCAACUAUAGUGCCUUGACUUUUUGUGACUGUUUUCUGAAUGAUGGCUUCACGGCCUCUUUUGGGAAUCCCUGUUUCUACUGUUGUGUUGAAUUUAUUUUUAUUGUGUGAAUGCUGGUUAUUAAUGAUACUAAUAAUAUCCAUGCAUUGUAAAUGACUUGUUUGGACAUUGGUGCGCACGCCUUCUUCUUCAAUCAGUAUUACAGGGUAGUUCAAUCCCAGCAACAAGCAUCAAACACAAAACGUAGAAAUCGCAAUCGAUGCGUAAAAUAUUCCAUGUUCACCUGGUCGUGAAUAUGUCAUCUGAUUUUGUUUUAAUUAUUAUUAUUAUUAGAAUUCAACAAACAGAGUGUGAUCAAUUUUACUGUCAUACCCCAAGACAAAGUGGAACCUCCAAAGUCGAACAUCCCACUUGUAGUUUAAUUUAGAGGUCAGACAAUCUGUUUGAAUAAAAAUAUGCUGCUUCAAAAAAGGCGGUACAGGUGGCUAGUUUCUACCUCGCAUUUGAAACAUUCUGAGUGGAAAUCUUGGCUCAGGGUGGGUUUAUAUGCUUGUGUGACCACUCUAAAUUGACCCUAAGUGUGAAUGUGAGUCUGUUUGUCUCUCUGCAUGUAUUUUGUUGGAGACCACUUCAGCUUUGACAGGCUCCAGCUCACCGAUAAACUCGCACCACAAGUUAGACCAGCCAGCUUUUAGCUGGUCUAAUGUGUUAGUCUACCUUCUUUGACUAAAUUGUCAAUUACAUUGACUAAAUAAUUUUAGAUGAGAAUUUUGCAAAUGACACAUUGACGAAUGACGAGCACGAAUAAACAAAUGGCACAUGAUAUCAGUAUCCUGCGUCAGCACCUCUCUGCCUUCUCCAUAAUGUGCCGAGUCAUUUUAAUUAAUUUUUUCUCUCACAGUGGUCAGUUUCUUGCUGUAUUUGUAUGACUGUUGUGAACGUUAAUCUAUUAUCCGGUCUGGUUGAUAAGCUUCUAAGGCGAUGAUAGUUUCACCAUUGAACAAAUGCUCAGUUAUCUUAUAUGCUUUUGAAGAAAAAAAAAAUAACGUUUAGUGCAACAAGCCGAUUAAGACCCACAGAAUGGAUUGCGUUCUACUUUGGAGGUUCACAUAGUAUCAACACUGAUGAUGUCAUAAACCAUCUGAGAAUCUUUCACUUGGAUUGUUUUGUGGAUGAUGUACACUUAAUUUCCAUGUUUACAUUAUCCAUGAUUUACAUGAAAGCCUUCAAGCUGGGACUUCUACCUUACAUAUAUGACAGAGCACAGACUUUCAGACACUCAUUCAGGUCCUGGUUGUUGUUGUUGUUGUUUAAUGAAGUUGAAACUUGAGGUUUAAAAUGAGAUGUCUGGCAGAUGAUCACAGGCACAUACGAACUUCUAAAACCAACUUAGGAGUGUUUAGCUUGAAGACAAAAUUGCCUGUAGCACAAACAUGAAAUUCUGAUCAGGCAGAUACAUUUAAUUGAGGUAAAGUUUAAAUAGAUAAAGUUCAAACAAGCUUUGAAGCAGAUGCAGAUGAGGUUUUAAUUGGACCCUUUGGACAUUUUAAGUGUGUCACUGCAUUGAUCCCGGUUUGAUCCUCAAAUGUUCUUUUCACCAAACAUUGUCUUUGAUUACUAACUAGAUACCACCAGCACUCGCUACAAUGUGGAGCAUUUGGCAGCAUUUACAGUGUAGUAGGACGAGAAAGCAAAUGCAGCUGCUGUCUAGUGAGGGUCAAGAACAAAUAGCUUGCUUGCUGAAAUUAAAUUUAAAUAUUUAUUGUAGUUUAAAGGAUCUGGAGAAAUGGGCAGCUGAUGUCAUUUACAACAAAUGUUAAUUAAGGAUGUAAACAUUUGACAUCGAGUGACACUUGCGGCCUUGUGUGUCCACUUGUCUCCAUCUUAUUUAGAUUGGUGUUUGAUAUAGAGUAUUUGUUAGCUAGUUCACAUUUUGGUGUGGAUGGUGAAAUAAAUGUGCCUUGAAAUUAAA